AUGUCGUCAAUCACCAUACACCUCCCCGGCACCGCCCUAAUUACCGGCGUGGGAGGCGGCAUUGGCGCCGCAAUCGCAAAGGCAUUCGCGCUGGCCGGCUGCCACCGCAUGACCAUCACCGAUCUCAACGCUGCGUCCCUUGACGCGACCAAACAGGCCAUAUGUGCCCUCUGCUCCGAGGCCCGAGUUCUGGCGGUCCCAGGUGACAUUUCGGACGAGACCUUUGUCGAUUCAUUAGUCAGUCAAGCCAUCGACGCAUACGGCCGUCUGGACUAUCUCGUCAACUGCGCCGGGAUCCUAGGUGCGGACCUCCGCACCUCGGAGACCCCCAUUGACACAUUCGAUCGUAUCAACCGGGUAAAUUAUCGCAGCGUCUGGCUGUGCUCAAGGGCCGCAUUCGCCCAAAUGGUCACGCAGGAGCCGCUCCCCAAGCACCCAGGCCAGCGAGGCGCAGUGGUGAACAUUGCAAGUCAACUAGGGGUUGUGGCACGUGCUGGCGCUGCACCCUACUGCGGCUCCAAAGCAGCCAUCAUCCACAUGACCCGCGCGGACGCGAUCGAUUACUCGCGGGAUUCGAUCCGAGUCAACUGUGUCUGCCCGGGGAUCGUAGCGACCUCGAUGGCGAUGGGGUCGCCUGAGCGGGCGGAACGGUUCAAGCCGGCGGUUGACAUAGCGCCGAUGAAGCGGAUGGGCACGCCGGAGGAGGUGGCCAACGUGGUGGUGUUUCUUUGCUCCCCGCUUUCAUCGUUUGUGCAGGGGCAUGCGCUCGUGGUCGAUGGGGGGUAUACGAUUAAUUAG